AGCUUGUACUCUGUGGGGUGCGGCGCUAUAAUGUCCAUGGCAGUGACGGCAGAGCCCAUGGAAAGUCGGUCCGAGUCUUCGGCGGAUCAUGCUGCAGGCGAGGGUUUCUUGGGUGUGUUUGAUCGCGAAGAACCAGACCCUGCGGUGGAGACACUUGCGAAUCCGGAUGACGAUACAAUUUCGGAAGAACUCGCAGGCUCCUUGGUUCGCGUAGGGACAACGGCGUCGGCUCGAUUUAACAUAUUAUCCACCAUGGUGGGUGGAGGGUCAUUGUCCCUCCCUAUGGCGUUUCAAAAGGCUGGGAAUGGACUCCUCGGUCCCGUUAUCCUGAUCGUGGUAGCUACCGUGACAGAGUUCUGUUUCCGCAUCUUGGUAGAUUCAGCACGACGGCUAAGUCCCGUUUCUGCAAGCUCCGUAACUCCCGGUAAAGACUCGUUCGAGUUGAUUGCCAGUGCGGCGUUUGGUCGGCGGGCAUAUGUCGGAUCCAUGAUACUGGUAACCUUUAUGUGUUUUUUUGGUACCAUUGGAUACGCAGUCCUACUGCGAGACAUGUUAGAACCUGUCACGUUUAUGAUCUUUCCAUCCCAUGCGUCAUUUUCUAAUACCACCCGGGUAUACGAAUCCCAGUGGGAGAGUGUCGGGCGUGGGAGCCAGGUCGGUGGUAGUGACGGGCCGUCUUGGCGGAACAAUGCGACCAUGUUGAUUGUUGUUUUGCUGGUAACCCCGCUGUGUACGUUGCGGACACUGACUGCCCUAAAGCGGUUUGGUGCCGCAUCCAUGGUCAGCGUUUUGAUCUUGGGACUCUGCGUGGUGUAUCGAUCGAUUGAAUGCAAUCUCGGAUACGUGGACGGCAACCACGAUUACAAAUUUUGGCAUUCUUUUCAACUGUGGCCUGAUUCCUGGAAAAAUGUGUUGGACGCCUUUCCACUCUUUGUCUCGUGUUUUGUAUGUCACUACAAUAUUCUUACCGUACACAACGAGUUACGUGUUCCGAGCCACCAACGAGUUUCGUGGUGGUUGCGGUCCACCACUUGGAUGGCCGCAGCGUUUUAUCUCCUCAUCGGUCUUGCUGGAUCAGCCUACGCACACUGCACAAUCGACGGUAAAAUCCACGGGAACGUCCUUUUAGACUUUCCCAAGGACGAUCCACUCUUGUUGGUGGGACGCAUGUGCUUGGCCUUGACAAUAACCUUGGCCUUUCCAAUGUUGACCAUUCCAGCCCGGGAUAUUGUGAUUCGAUCAUUGCCUUCGCUGCUCAAACAUGAUCAACAAUCGAAUGGUGCAGACAAUGGUGAAUCAAACUUAGUGGAACAGUCGUUACGACAGUCACUCCUCGAAAACGUUCAUUCGGACGACGAAGCGGUUGGCUUAGUACCGCAUUCGUCGCUGUCCUCGGAACAACCGUCCGGCAAAGGAGCAUCUUUCUGGCUACGGCUAGUCGUUGCUAUGGCUUUGUUCUGGACCGCGGCCGGAGUCGCAAGUUGUGUCAGUAGCAUCGAUAUUGUGUGGAAUUUACUGGGCAGUAGUCUUUCCAUGCUUUUGUCUUAUAUUAUCCCCUGUUCAUCCUACCUCACGAUUAUUCACACCGAGGAGAAUGGAGGGACCAGUGAGCGUCCCAGUCGGUUUGUCCUGGCGACAGCAUGGGUGCUGUUGUUGGUGGCCUCCCCGCUAAUGAUCUUGUCGACCGCCAACGCGGUCUACAGUACUUUCUUUUCGAACGUAUAGGGGCUGCAACUGCGGCAUAGACAGCGAUGAUGAUGAUAUUCAAACUUCGCGUUGAGGAACGUAGAGACGAAAAAAAUGUGACAUAAGGGCAUGCGUAUAGUUUCACAACAAAUUAG